UUAACUAUUCCCUUUUCCAUGAAGUCUUUCUGUCUCUCAGUGUGUUUUCUUCUACUUAAAAUCAUCAUAGUUCUUUAAGAAUUUUUUAAUUAAAAAAAUUAUUUUCUAGCAUUCUCUAUUAUUGCCUUUUUAAUAUCAAGAUCACUAAAUUUCUUAUCCUUCUUAUUAAAAUAGAACUCCCUCCCUCCAGCAGUGUCCCACAAUGCAGAGUCCACACCAGUCUGCUGAAAUGAACUCCUGACUUUUUCCUUUCCUCAGUGUGCCCACUGGAUUAAUAUUUUAAACUUGCCACGAUGGGAACAUUCAGUGGCAGGAAAAGAGUAUGGAAGUGAGAGCGAUUUUGAGGACAUUGUUGGAGGCUCUGGUUCUCCAUGCCUUCACAGGGAUCAGUGGACAGAGGGGUGAGAGACAAAAGCCAUAGGACGUGGCAGCUCAAAAAUGACCUAAUUUUCCCUGUUUUUUAGGACCCUGCGGUCAGGGGAGGCUGUGUGGGUCAUGGCCUCUUUCAUGAGCUCAUUAACUGUUUACAGGGGACAAACUCAACUGAGUAAUAGCGCGGUUGUUUAAGAAUCCAUAUACAUAUUCAUGAGGAAAACGCCAGUUUUCUUGUACCAACGCCCACGACGGGCCUAUAUAAGGUCUAGGGAAGAAGGGAGGUUUCAAACUCGAGCAAAUCCAACCGUGGACAAAGCAAGAGUCUUGGCCAUGACUUCCAUCAGCUGCAGUUCUCUCCUCAGUGGGGCGCUCUCACAGGCCGGGGCCGCCCCCCUGGGCCUCUCGGCCACCCUGGCACACGCCAACCGAGUCCGAGUGGGCACAACCCCCCUCGGCCGACCCAGCCUCUGUCUGCCCCACAGCUGCAGCGCUGCCUGCCCCCUGCCGGGCACCUGCGACAUUCCAGGCAACCUCGGAAUCUGCGGGACCUUCGGCGAAGGCUUCUUCAACAGCCAUGAGAAGGAGACCAUGCAGUUCUUGAAUGACCGGCUGGCCAGCUACCUGGAGAAGGUGCGCCGGCUGGAGCGGGACAACAUGGAGCUGGAGAGCCAGAUCCGAGAGCUGAGCAAAUGCCCUGAGUCCACCGUGUGUCCAGACUAUCAGAGCCACUUCCGCAUCAUUGAGGAGCUGCAGCAGAAGAUCCUGUGCGUCAAAUCUGAGAACAACAAGCGGGUCGUGCAAAUAGACGAUGCCAAACUAGCUGCAGAUGACUUCAGGACCAAGUUCCAGACGGAGCACUCCCUCCGCCAGCUGGUGGAAGCUGAUGUCUGCAGGAUGCGCAGGGUGCUGGAUGACCUCACACUUGCCAAGGCUGACCUGGAGGCCCAGCUGGAGUCCCGGAAGGAGGAGCUGCUCUGCCUCAAGAAAAACCAUGAGCAGGAAGUCCACACUCUGAAGUGUCAGCUGGGAGAUAAGCUCAAGAUUGAGCUGGACGAGGCCACUGUGGACCUGGGCAGGGUGCUGGAGGAGAUGCGGGGCCAGUACGAGGCCAUGGUGGAGACCAACCUCCAUGACGUGGAGCAGUGGUUCCAAACUCAGUCUGAAGGCAUCAGCCUGCAGGCCAUGUCCUGCUCAGAGGAGCUGCAGUGCUGCCAGUCGGAGAUCCUGGAGCUUCGAUGCACAGUGAACACCCUGGAGGUGGAGCUGCAGGCUCAGCACACGCUGAAGGACUGUCUGCAGAACUCACUGUGUGAAUCUGAGGCCUGCUUCGGCACUGAGCUGGCCCAGAUGCAGAGCCUCAUCAGCAACGUAGAGGAGCAGCUGUCUGAGAUCCGGGCUGACCUGGAGCGGCAGAACCAGGAGUACCAGGUGCUGCUGGAUGUCAAGGCCCAGCUGGAGUGUGAGAUUGCCACAUACCGGAACCUUCUGGAAAACGAGGACUGCAAGCUCCCCUGCAACCCGUGUGCAACCCCAGUCUCCAGCACCUGUGUGGGUUCUUCAGCCUGUACCUCCUGCUCUCCCUGCCUUUCUGGGCCUGCUGGGUCCUGCUCAUCACCUCGAUGCUGAAUUACUCCUCACCUGGAGGAGCCAGAAAAUGGCAAACGCCUGUAGUCCCUUGGCUCCAUCCCCCAGGCCUGCCACCCCAGGCCUUUCUGCUCCAGUCAGCCUAUGGGGAGACUGAAGGCAGGAAGAACUUCUCUACUGAUGGGCUUUCUGGUCCAGCCUCUCAGCCCUGGCCCUUGGAUUUGUCCUUCCUCCUUUCAGAGUGUCCUGACUGCUCUACUGUCUCUCUUCUGCUGCCUCCUGGUCUUUCAGACCUUGCUUUUAAUUUGCUAAUAAACUUCAUUUCUGCAGCA